AUGGAAGAUACUAAAAAAGAUGAAAGUUUUCAAAAAUAUAGUGAUAUUAUUGGUAAUUAUAUGAAAGAAUUUUAUUAUGUAGAAUUUUAUGUUGUUAAUGCUGUUCAGACAGCUCAAGUUUAUUGUAUUUUGUAUGGUUUUGAGAUGUAUGGAAUUUGUAGAGAAAAAAAUGGAGGAAUAAAAUAUGCUAUUAGAAAUGGUCCUGUUAUAUUAGUUUUUAAUAGUAAAGUUGGCCUUAAAGAUAAAGAAUGGGAUAAUCAUAUCAUUAAACAUGGUGAUUCAAUUAAGGACGUUGCAUUUAAGGUUAACAAUAUUGAUAAGAUUAUUGAUUUAUUGAAAAAUGGUGUUAAUAAUAAAAAUAUAACUGGUGUUAAUAUUAAGGAAAGUAUUUUUUAUAAUGAUAAAUGUAUUGGAUAUAAAAUAAAUUAUGACAAUAGUGAUAUUGUUCAUACAUUAUAUGAUCCAUCUAAAUAUGAUGGAUUUUUUUUACCAGGUUUUAUGUGUUUUGAACCAAAUGUUUGUCAAUAUUUACCAAAAGCUAUUGAAUAUUUAUCUCUUGAUCAUGUUGUACAGAAUCAUCAUGAAGGUACAUUAGAAAAAGUUGCUGAUUAUUAUAAAAAAUCAUUAGGAUUAAAUAGAUUUUGGUCUAUUGAUGAUAAAAUAUGUCAUUCAGAGUAUUCAGCAAUGAAUGCAUGGUUAGUAGUGAAUGUUAGUAAUGAGAUUCAAAUGACAAUAGCUGAACCAGUUACUGGAACAAGGAAAGGUAGAGGACAAAUUCAGGAAUUUCUUGAUUUUCAUGGUGGUCCAGGAAUUCAACAUUUAGCACUAAAGGUUGAAAAUAUUAUUGAGACAGUAACUAAUCUUAAAAAAAGAGGUGUUCAAUUUUUAUCAAUUCCUAAUGAAUAUUAUGAAGAUUUGAGAGAAAGAUUAAAAGGGCAUUAUGUUAGGAUUUAUGAAGAUUUAAAUGACCUUCAAAAAUUAAAUAUACUUGUUGAUUUUGAUGAUAAUGGAUAUUUGUUACAAAUAUUUACCAAACCAGUUCAGGAUAGGCCUACACUUUUUUUAGAAAUUAUACAAAGAGAAAAUUUUAAUGGUUUUGGUGCAGGAAAUUUUAAAAGCUUAUUUAAUGCUCUUGAAGCUGAGCAAAAAAAACGUGGUACAUUAUUUUGUUAA